AAAAAAGCGAAAGAUGUACCCACAACCACAAAGUAUUAAUCAACACUACCCUCCACCAACAUCAUCAUCAAUUUUACCUUCAAUUCCAUCAACAACAAGUUUUACUAAUACCAAUGGUGGCUCUACUAUUCUUCAUCAUCAAUACGUGAAUAAUAGUAAUAACAAUGGAUUGAUUAAUUCCUCUUCACAAUCCAAUCAAUAUGGUUAUCAACAACAACAAAAUGAUGAUUUAAAUAAGAAAGCUUUAACAUUACUUUUCAAUAGAACUCCAUCAAAACCAGCUACAACUUAUUAUGAUUCGAAGUGUUAUGCUACUUCCGGUGUUAGUACUGCCUUACAUUAUCAUGAUUCCUCCAAUCAUCACUCGAAAAACAUGUUCAGUCAACAACAAUACUAUCCAAAUUAUUUGGUUCAAAAUAUUUCAACAACAACUCAACAACCUGUUAAUAAUACGACUAACAUGUACAAUCAAUUCAAUCAAAUUUACCCAACCACUACCAGUGCACACGCUCCAGUUAAUCCUGUGAGCGCUCACACUAUUCCAUCCCCUCUUCUUUCCAAAACUCAAACUACUACUUUCCACAAUAAUAUUGUUGAAUCUGGUGUCAUCUCCAAUACUACCAAUGUUACCUCCGUUAAGACUGUUAGCACUCCUGAACAAUCCACUAUUGAUCAAAAAGUGAUAUCUUCCACAACAAAUAAUUUGCAAUCCUUUAAUGAAAUUAUUGGAAUGAUAGACGAAAAAAAGAAGCGGAAGGACUCAUCAGAUCAACAACAAAACAAGAAGAGAAAAAAGGAACCUGUCCAAGUUAAGGAAGAAGAUGAAGAGGAGGAAUGUGAAGAAGAAGUUGUCGAAGAAGAUUUUGUUAAUGGUUCUUCCACUGAAAAAUUGUUGCCAAUAAGAGCUCUCGCUCAUCUUGUUGGACUUUCUAAAGAUGAAGGUAAAACAUGGAGAUACAGAGAUGUUCGUAGAGCUUUAUUCGAGAAGACAUCAAAGGAACACAGCAACUUUAUUGAAAAGAAUCAACAACAUUCAAUUCUUAGACAAAGACUUCCUCACAAGUUGACUCUUGUUAGCUUCUGUAAAAGGAUUAUGUUGCUUGUCUUCCACUUUAUUAUAAGAGAUGGUAGAGAGCCAAAGUUCUUUUUGCGCACUCAUGUCAAGAAGGAUCUUAUUGAAAAUACCUUAGAAAACGAGGCACCUGAAUUUUACAAGAAGAUUAAUUGCAAUAUUGCCAUGAAGAUACACGCUUUCAUUUGUACUGGUUUAUCAAUUGAGCAAGCUGCAAAAAAUGUUCUUCAAAAUAUUCCACAAGGUGAUAAAUCUGCCGUAGCAACAGUCAACGUUACUCAAUGCUCUAGUUCAACAAAUAGUUCUGAACAACAUUCAUCCAAUUCUAUAGAACCAAAAACUAGUCCAAUUCUUGAUUCUCCAACUCUUUCCCCAAUCAAUCCAACACUCCCUUCGCUUCGUGAUUUGCUGAAACAACCAAGUGCUCUGUCAGCUCACGUUAAUUGUCAAUCCUGUCCACACUGUAAGCAAGAGAUUUAA